AUGCAGAAUAGCUACAGAAAUUACAACGCAACAGGCAAUGAAACAGUCCCAAUGGAACACGACGUUCCUAGUUUCCCUUUUCACAACUGGACUCCGUAUGACGAAGUAAGCGAGCCCUGGUACACAUUAAUAUACUUGGAAAAUAUCCUGGUAGAACUAAUGUGCAUUCUAAUGCUGGUUGUGUACGACAAUUUCUUCUUCACAUUUUUGCACAGUGCAUCUGCGCAAUUCAAGAUCAUCCAAGCAUCUCUGGAGGAGCUGCGCGCGCGCUCCGUGGCGGCGGUGCGAGCCAGGCGGGGCGCAGCGCUUGGCGGGGUGGAGGCGCAGAAGAAGGCGGAGGCGCAAGCGGAUGUGUGGGAGAAGGAAGAAAAGGUAGAGGUGGACGUGGAGAUGCGGCGAAGGCUCAAGGCCAUUGUCCGCCACCACGACAUGGUGUACAGAUUCGUAGAUGAUGUUGAAUCUUUUGCAAAUCCAGUUUUGUUAAACCAAUUUGGAUCUAGUUCCAUCAUUUGUUGCAUGGCAGCUUUCAAUGUAGCAUUGAACCCUUCAUUGGACGUACGAAUAUUAACAUGUGCAUGUGUGUUUGGUGCAGCAGUUUUUGAACUAGGUAUAUUCUGUGCAGUAGGUGAUCAUCUCAUGGACCAGAGUUUGAAAGUUGAUUUUGCCGCCUACAAUUCUGAAUGGUACCGUUCAUCAAUAAGAAUUCGACGUGAUAUAAGUAUAAUAAAAAUGCGCACAUCAAGAUGUGCAAAAAUAACAAUCGGCAAAUUCUCUCCACUCAACUUGAAAAGUUAUGCAUCAAUAAUGCAUCUUAUAUACUCUUAUUAUACAAUGCUGACUGGAGUCAACAAAAGAGGAGGGAUAUAAAAAA